AUCGCAGCCAGCGAUUGGCAGAGGCUUUGAGUACGAAGGCGCCUGAGUCGACGCUUGCUGCACGAAGCCUGCUUGGCGGGUUGUGGCUGGCCGGCGCGCGUGGUUUCGUCCGCCGAGCGCUCGCUGAGGGGAAUGUGGAACAGCGCGGGUUCUUUUGCUGGUGGUUAUGGAAACUUUGGAGAUACUGGUGCAGGAGGUGGGGGCUACAUGCAGUCGCCUGGAGGAUUUGGUUCUCCAGCUGGGGGUAGCCAGAGUGACAGAAAAACUAGAUCUCGGACCCAGCAAAUCGUUCCUUGUACAGUGUCACAGCUGAUGUCUGCCACACAAACAGAGGAUAUUUUCAGAAUUGGAGAGGUGGAGUUGUCCCAGGUAACUGUGGUUGGUAUGAUCAAAGAUUCAGAAAAAGCCCCAACGAAUAUUCUGUACAAGUUGGAUGACAUGACAGGACCCCCCAUGGAUGUGAGACAGUGGGUGGAUACCGAUGAAGCUGGAAGUGAGAAUAUUGUGGUUCCUCCAGGCACCUAUGUAAAAAUAGCUGGACAUCUCCGAUCAUUCCAGAACAAGAAGAGCUUGGUAGCUUUUAAGAUAAUGCCUUUGGAAGACAUGAAUGAACUAACAUCACACAUGUUGGAGGUGGUGCAGGCCCACUUGUUGUUGAACAAACCACAGUCUGGACCUGGAGGAUCUGCUCCAGCUUUGCACAGUUCAAUGCGAAAUGAAGUGGGAGCAGUUGGAAUGUAUGCUGGUGCUAAUGAUGCACUGAUGAAUGGUCUAACAAGUCAACAAAGUCAGGUACUGAAUUUAAUUCGAAAUUGCCGGGAACAAGAAGGCAUGAGCAUUGACUACAUGAGGAGAACACUGAAGAAUAUGAACAUUGUUGCUAUCAAGCAAGCUGUGGAAUUUCUGAGCAAUGAAGGACACAUUUAUUCUACAGUGGAUGAGGAUCACUUCAGAUCAACUGAUGCUGAAUAAAUGUGAAUUGAGGAUGCUUUUAGUACAUGAACUGUUCCAAAACCUGCAGAGUCCAUUUCUUGGAUACUGCACAAAGUGUGGGUAAAUUUAAAUAGAAUUUGAAAGUGGGAACAGUGAUACUGCUAUGCAAUUUAUUUGGGUUCUGUUUUAUAAUUUUAAUGCAGCAACUUGACUGAAAAAUGUUCUUGACCUUUCCAAAUAUCUCUUCUAUAGUAUUGCAGCAUGUUAUCUGAUUCAUCGUGUCUCUAAGGCCAUAGUAGAGGAAAUUAUACCGCUGCUACUGCUUGGAUCUAAAAUGGAGGUAUAAAUUGUCUUAAGCACCAAGUCUCGUAAGCAUUUUUUUGUUAGUUGUAUAAAGUUGUAAAAGUAACAAAAUACAUUGAUAUAAUUUAACUGGUUACAGUCUGAAAAGAUAACUAAACUUUGCAAAUACCCCAAAUUGUGAACAUCUGUUAAAAUUACCAUGGUUUUAUGAAAAGUAUGUUUCACUUGCCCUUGUAUGUCCUUUGGAUAAAGUGUGCUAGAUGUUGUUAACUGCUACUAAUUUAUGUAGUGCAUAUGUUGUCCAGAAAACUUUGGAGAAAGGCAGGUUUGUAGUUUCAUAACAUUUAUGGUGGAUCCAAAUUAAUAUGUCAUUGAAUAUGGACCCAAAUGCUGUCACAACACACAUCUGGAAGUCUAGCAAUUGGAAUUUAGUUUUUUGUUUUGUUCAGUCAUUAUUUCCCUAGAAUUUUUGUCCUUUUUAACUGUAUAAAGCUGUUUAGACAUAGAAUAAAGAUAUAAAAAAUGGUGUUAUUGGUGUAAGUGAUUGCAAACAAGAUUUUUACUUUGUAUGUUAGAAUAAUAAAGCAAUAAACCAUUUUGUAUUAUAUUA